GUAUAAAGUGUUAAAAACUUAUUGAUUGCUAUAUUCAUUGCCACCACAAGUCAUGCAUAUAUGGUAUAUAAGACACUAAUUCCAGCGCUUCUCAUACCCAUUAGAUAAGACACAGACGUCUGGUGGUAGAGCUGGUGGACCAUCGGCACAGAUAUCACUGCCGCAGACAAUCAUCAGCCGCGCGGUCGUAGUCAUGGCUUACAGACAGACAUCGAAAGACACGUUUGAGUGGAAGUCAAUCGACCACAUCAUCGAUAAUGUCAAAUACGCGGUCCUUUUGCUCAACCACUCGAUGGACCACUUGAGUGGACACAAGUCGGCCACGUUUGACAAGAUUUGGCGCAAAGCCGAGCGCCGGGUGGCAGUGGACGGGGGCUCGAAGUACCUGCGCUGCCCUCAGGAGCACCCGUUCCCCGACAUACUGAACGGUGACUUCGAUUCGGUGCAAACGGAACGGUUGGAGUACUUCCGGCGGAACGGCACCAAAAUCAUGGAGACCCCGGACCAGGACUACACCGACUUUCAGAAAGCCGUCAAAAUAGUGCUCCAUUUGAAUAAGCGGGCCGUCUAUGAGAACAAUAACGUCGACACCAACGGCACCGGUAGUAGUAAUGGAGGGGCGGUGGCGGCGGCGGCGGGGGAGGACCGGCAACGGCAGGCCUGUGGGGCCAUAAUAGCCAUCUGGUCCUCAUUGGGACGUAUAGAUCAAGUGCUGUCUAACAUCAAUACGCUGUACAGCAAUGAUUAUUGA